AUGGCUGAACAGCCCGACUUUGGUCGAUUCGACGUUCUUCUGCUCGACAUUGAGGGCACCGUCUGUCCCAUCUCCUUUGUCAAGGAUGUCUUGGUGAGCCCAGCCCGUCUAUUUAUAGUGCUGCCCGCUUCUUCAACUCCUCUCCUUCUUCGUCUCCCUCUCUUCGUCCCGUCCAACGCAGCAGAAAAAAAGUGGCUGACUUUUGAUGGGCCCUUUGCGCAGUUCCCCUACGCACUCAAUGUCCUGCCCGACUUCUUAGCGGAGCAGUGGGACGAGCCGAGCUUUGCUGGCUACCGCAAUGCGUUCCCCGACGACUAUCGCAAUGACCGCAGCGCCUUCGAGGCUCACGUCCGGGACCUGGUCGCCCGAGACGUCAAGGCGCCGUACCUAAAGGCCCUCCAAGGCCAUCUCUGGACAAAGGGCUAUGAAUCGGGAGUCCUCAAGGCUCCACUCUUCCCUGACGUGCCACCCUUCAUCACCAACGCCCAUGCGGCCGGCAAGAAAAUCAUGAUAUACUCGUCCGGAUCGGUGCCGGCCCAGAAGCUGCUCUUCGCUCACACGACUGCCCAGCCCCCCGACAUGAGCGUCGUGAUUUCUGACUGGUUCGACACCGUCAAUGCGGGGCCCAAGACCGACGUGGCUAGCUACACCACUAUCCUGUCUCAUCAUCCGGACAUCAGCCCCGCACGUUGGAUCUUCCUGAGCGACAACCUCAGCGAGGUCGACGCCGCUCGUCAGUCAGGCAUGCAUAGCAUCCCAGCCGUCAGACCGGGCAACGCACCUCUGCCUUCCCAUCAUCCGCUGUCCGAGUUUGCAGUCUCCGAGUUCACCCCGGCCUCCAUUGCACAGGCUGCAGCUGCCAUUGCUGCGAAAACCUCGGCUUGA